UUUUGUGCUACAAAGUAAAGGGAAGACGGUGUGUGUGUAUGCCCUUCGACUCGAGGAGGGAGGUCCCUAUGGACAAGGGAAUCAUCGGCAAACUCGUCGGUGAAUGAGAGAGAAAAAAGAGUCGUCGAACAUCAGUCAGAUCGGGGUGGGGUGGUAAAUGAAAGAAAACAAAAUGUAAGGAGAAUAAAAAGAAAAAAGAAAGGUAAAUGUGUCGGACCCGAGAAGAAGGAGGUCAUAUCUAUGGAGUUUUCUUUAUAAAGUAUCUCCUCUCUCUCUCUCUCUCUACUAUCUGUCUGAACAAAACGAAAUUUAGGGGGUUAUGGAAGGAAUCGUGGAAGAGAAGAAAAUUGUGGGUGAAGCUCCGCCGCAGGCUGAGGCUGGUGGAGCACUUGCCGAUGAUUAUGAGUUUGGCCGACGCUGUUACAUGAUGCCAGAAGAACGUGAUAAAGAACCCCGAUCCUGGAGAAAUCUGUCCUAUGGUUUUGAUCUGGAUUACUCUUCCGAUCCUUGUACACUAGUUAAGUCUCGUUGGGGUAAAGAUUAUGAUAUCGCCCUUUUUGGUAGGCUUGGAGUCCUCUGCCACAACCUUCACAAGGGGACCAACUUCAAGUUUGUCCGCUGGGAAAAGUAUAAUAUUAUGAGUACUGCAUACACCAACUUCUACAUUACUUUGGAGGCUAUGGAUCCGGCCACCAACUCCGUCUUCUCUUUUCAGACGCUUUUUAGCGAUGUUGGAUGUUCACCCGGUAUCUAUCUCAUCUGGAGGAUCUUAGUCUGUAGAAUCAAAUGUAACAAUCCUCCGGAUGCUUAUUGGGACAAGACAUCGUCAAUAGAUGAUUUCUACCUGCGUCCCAUGCCCAAAUGGUUUUCUGAUCAUGAAUUUGCCAGUGACCCUAAAAGGUUUUACGAGCUGCGAAAGAAGAAAUUAGCUAAGAAGGCACAUGCCUGGGAUGAUGAUGAUGAUAUAAUCCGUCUUGCACCUGUUUCAGAUUCGGGAGGUUCUGGUGAGGACGACAUAUCGCCUUAUGAGUGGCGUGUUUAUUACGACAGUGGCGUCUGCGGCAGACUUGGACUUUAUUGUUACAAUUUUCAGAAGGUUCUUCAAUGGAAGCUAUUAUAUGCAAUGAAAUGGAAUCAAAAUCUAUAAAGCCCGCUAAAUAAAUCGAGGAUGGAGAUACUGAUGGAUGUUCCAAAAAAGAUUCUACAGUUAGUAGCAUUAUAAGUUUCGAAGAUUAAUCGAUGGUUGAUGUUUCUGGUCAAAAUCUAGAGUUUUC